UGCGCCCCUCUCUCUCUCUCUCUCUCUCUAUUCAUAUUAUUUAUUAUUUUCUAGAAUUUAAUUUAUUUUCUCCAUUUUCUAUAUCUGUUAUUCUCUGCAAUAAUUUGGAAAAAAAAAAAAAAACAGAUUCGAUCUCUUGACCCUCAAUUCGCUGCAGAUUUAUUGGAUACAAAGAGGAGUUUUAUUAGUGAGAGGAAAUCCUUUUAAAAGCCUUUUGAAAUAAUAUCUUCGUUUCAGUUCAAAACUACAAGAACCGCAACCAACAGCAGAAACUGAUACACAGAGAUACAUCUUUUAUCACCUCCAUCCAACCCAACCAGCUUUAAGCUAUUUCGGGCCUGUAUGAGUUCUGCACAAAUAGUCACUUGCUGCCAAAUGAAAAGACGUUGCUUGGCUUUUUGAACGUAUUUAUAUUUUGAUAUCAUAUCAAUAUUAUAUGGUUGAGUAGAAGAAGUUGGAUUCAGAAUUUUCUGAUAGUCUGUAAUUGAUUUUGAAAGUUCAGAUAAGAAUAGUUGAUAUUGAAUUUCAUUGUUUUUUCUUCUUAGGUAUGUAACUUUGAUAAUAUGCUGAGAUAGUCAUCUUCUAAUUUUAUUUUGGGACGAAUAGAGAUACUUUUGGUGUGUUGGAUUAAAUGUUUGGUAACAUCGUAAUGAUGAAGCCACUAGGUUCAUACAACAUUUAAUGCUGAAGAAGGGGGAAAUGCUACCAAAUUGGAAGAAACCCCACAUUAACAUAGUUUUUACCUUCUCCAUAUACACUUCAUUUAUGAUAACUGGUACUUCUACGGGUAAAAGGGGGUGUUAAUGGUUUGCUGUAAAAGGAAAAUAUGGACUACAUUUCAGAGAAAAGGUUUCCUGUCGAUGCAAAAGAUUACAAGUUAUAUGAAGAAGUUGGCGAAGGUGUCAGUGCCACUGUUUAUAGGGCUCUCUGCAUUCCACUUAAUGAGAUUGUUGCUAUUAAGGUUCUUGAUAUGGAAAGGUGCAACAAUGACCUGGAUGGUAUCCGACGAGAGGUACAAACAAUGAGCUUGAUUGAUCAUCCAAAUGUAUUGCGAGCACAUUGUUCCUUCACAACAGGCCAUAGCCUUUGGGUUGUGAUGCCCUACAUGGCUGGGGGAUCCUGCCUUCAUAUAAUGAAAUCUUCUUUUCCAGAAGGUUUUGACGAGCCUGUUAUUGCCACGUUACUGCGUGAGACUCUCAAAGCUCUUGUUUAUCUUCAUGCUCACGGUCAAAUCCACAGAGAUAUUAAGGCUGGCAACAUCUUAAUCGAUUCUAGUGGUGCAGUUAAGGUUGCAGACUUUGGAGUGUCAGCAUGCAUGUUUGAUACAGGAGAUAGACAGCGUUCCAGAAAUACUUUUGUUGGAACUCCAUGCUGGAUGGCUCCUGAAGUUAUGCAGCAAUUACAUGGAUAUGACUUUAAAGCAGACAUUUGGUCAUUUGGAAUAACGGCUCUAGAACUUGCUCAUGGCCAUGCUCCUUUCUCCAAGUAUCCACCGAUGAAAGUUCUAUUAAUGACCUUACAAAAUGCACCACCGGGGCUUGACUAUGAAAGAGACAAGAGAUUUUCUAAGUCAUUUAAAGAGUUGGUGGCUGCUUGCUUAGUGAAGGAUCCAAAGAAACGCCCCUCCUCAGAAAAGCUAUUGAAACACCAUUUCUUUAAACAUGCGCGGUCAAAUGAAUAUCUUGCUCGAACAAUUCUGGAUGGACUUGCUCCAUUAGGGGAACGUUUUAGGAUGCUGAAGGCAAAAGAGGCUGAUCUUCUUGUUCAGAAUAAGGCUCUGUAUGAGGAUAAGGAGCAAUUGUCACAGCAAGAAUACAUAAAAGGAAUCAGUGCCUGGAAUUUCAACCUUGAGGAUUUGAAAAGUCAGGCUGCUCUGAUUCAGGAUUAUGAUGACAUGCAAAACGCUGAAGAUCCAGAUGGGAGUGUGAAGCCAAGGGACAGGAACUAUAAUGUUGAUCUUCCAGUUGACAGGCUAUCCCAUGAAAGGGCUAACCAUUCAAGUGCUGCUCUUAGUCACCAGGAUGGGUUCAGUGAUAUUCAUGAUUUGGAGAGUUCACUUCCUUCAUUUCCUAUCAAACCUCUUCAAGCACUUAAAGGCUGUUUUGAUGUUGGUGAUGAUGAUGUGGAUGCAACUAGUCCAAAUUGGAAAGGUUUCUCGCAAACAGAUUCCGAACAACAGAUUCUCACAAAGUUGUCACCAAGUGCUAUAAAUCAAGAAAUUGAAGAAAAUGAGGGUGAUAAUCUUGAGCGAAGCAGUUCUUUACCACGUCAUUUUAUGGAGCAUAAAAAAUUUUUGAGUGGUCCACUAGUACCGGAUAAUGCCUUUUCUUCCAAAAAGAUAGUUGGGGAUGAAAAUAGGGACUUUCGACAGCCAAAAUAUCAAUCAGAUCGAAACUAUAGUGGUCCAUUAUUAUAUCGACAGAAAAGAGAUGCCAAUAACCUUUGUUCUGCAGAGGAUGUGUCAGAAGGAGCAGUUGUCCAAUGCAGGGGGCGCUUCAAGGUCACUUCAGCAGAACUCAGCCCAAAGGGUCCUACAAACUGCUAUUUCGCCCCAGUUUGUGGAGUUCCAUCAAACGUUACAGCUGCCUCAGUUCUCCCAUCACUGCAAUGCAUUUUGCAGCAGAACGCCGCACAAAGAGAAGAAAUUCUUAAACUGAUCAAGUAUGUGGAGCAAGGUUCUGGCAAGCAAAUGGAGUUAGCUGAGGCUGCAACUAAUGACCAGUCACAGGUAUCGCCUACUUCUACUAGGGAGAAGGAGCUACAAGCUCAGUUGAUUAAUCUGCAACAAAGUAUUGGAAGCCUUGUUGAGGAAUUGCAGAGACAGAAGUUAAAAAAUGCUCAGUUAGAAAGACAAUUGAAUGCACUGGUGUAUAAGUAAAGAGAAUUGGGUUUAUGAUGAUAGAUUGGGCGGCUUGCUUAUUCUUCGGUGGCGAAAAAUCAUCAUGACCAUCUGCCAAGUAUUUAUGAGGUAUAAAAAGCCUUUUAUGCAUUGUAUUUCUAGUGUACCAUGUGUGAACGUGUUAAAAGGUAGACGCCCAAAUUUUGAGAUGCCAUUCCUCGAGUCUCACAUCAUGUGUGACAUGUUGUAAUUUAUUGACGUAUUGUAAUUAUAAUAUAGUCUCUCUCUCUCUCCCCCA